UGAGAACAGACGCUACCAUGAUGGCGGCCUACAGUGUAGCUAGAGGCAGCUGCAGACUAUUCAGUAGCUUGCGUCCGUCGUUUCGGAGUUUGGCCCAAGUCGAACAUGGCGCGGCAGCAGCUGCGACAAUACCCCAGACGAGCUUGCACCCGUCCGGCCGCUGGUACUGUGUCAGCCACCUGUCCGUUAAAGAGAGGAUCGAGAAGAAACGCAAGGCGGCGUUAAUCGGGGGAGGUCAGAAGAGGAUUGAUGCACAACACAAACGGGGCAAGCUGACCGCCAGAGAGCGCGUGGCCCUCCUGCUGGACCCGGAGUCUUUCGUGGAGUCGGACAUGUUUGUGGAGCAUCGCUGCUCCGACUUUGGCAUGGAGCAGGAUAACAACAAGUUCCCGGGUGACAGCGUGGUGACGGGACGAGGCAGGAUCAAUGGCCGCCUGGUUUACGUCUUCAGUCAGGACUUCACGGUGUUUGGUGGCAGCCUGUCAGGAGCUCAUGCACAGAAGAUCUGCAAGAUCAUGGACCAGGCAAUGAUGGUGGGAGCCCCCGUCAUCGGGCUCAAUGACUCGGGAGGUGCUCGCAUCCAAGAGGGGGUGGAGUCUCUGGCGGGAUAUGCAGAUAUAUUCCUGAGGAACGUGAUGGCUUCAGGGGUGGUCCCUCAGAUCUCUCUCAUCAUGGGGCCGUGUGCGGGGGGCGCCGUCUACUCACCCGCCCUGACAGAUUUUACCUUCAUGGUGAAGGACACGUCGUACCUCUUCAUCACCGGUCCGGAUGUCGUCAAGUCCGUCACCAACGAAGACGUCACUCAGGAGGAGCUGGGGGGAGCCAAGACGCACACCACCGUCUCAGGCGUGGCGCACCGGGCGUUCGAGAACGACGUGGAGGCCCUGUUGCACCUACGCGAGUUCUUCAACUUCCUGCCGCUCAGCAAUCAGGAUCCCGCGCCCGUCAGGGAGUGUCACGACUCCAGCGAGCGCCUGGUCCCGUCACUGGACACCAUCGUGCCCUUUGAGUCCACGAAAGCGUACGACAUGUUGGACAUCGUCCACGCGAUUGUGGAUGAGAGGGACUUCUUUGAGAUCAUGCCCAAUUACGCCAAAAACAUCGUAGUGGGAUUCGCCCGCAUGAACGGACGCACCGUGGGCAUCGUGGGAAACCAGCCCAAAGUGGCCUCCGGUUGUCUGGACAUCAACUCGUCCGUAAAAGGAGCGCGCUUCGUCCGCUUCUGCGACGCCUUCAACAUUCCCAUUAUCACCUUCGUGGACGUGCCGGGCUUCCUGCCGGGGACAUCUCAGGAGUACGGCGGCAUCAUCCGACACGGAGCCAAGCUGCUGUUUGCCUUCGCGGAGGCCACCGUGCCCAAAAUCACCGUCAUCACCAGGAAGGCGUAUGGUGGCGCCUACGACGUGAUGAGCUCCAAACACCUCAGGGGAGAUAUCAAUUACGCCUGGCCCACAGCUGAGGUUGCCGUCAUGGGUGCCAAGGGAGCCGUUCAGAUCAUCUUCAGAGGGAAGGAAAACCAGGCUGAGGCAGAGGCGCAAUAUGUGGACAAGUUUGCCAACCCUUUCCCGGCUGCAGUCAGAGGCUUUGUGGACGACAUCAUCGAGCCGGCGACCACUCGCAAGAAGAUCUGCAGAGACCUGGAAGUGUUGGCCAGCAAGAAGCAGGUCAACCCCUGGAAGAAGCACGCCAACAUUCCUCUGUGAAACAUCCUGUGGCGCUCUCGGUCUCUCUCGCUGUGUGUGUCCGUGGUGUGGGAUUCUCCGGUCCAGCCUGUUUAAGCUGCAAAGUGGGUGAUCCCUGGAUGCUUUGAUACUUGGCGCCCAUGUUUGUGGUUAUCGUCAUCAUCAUCACGAUUGCAUUUGAUGAAGCAAUACAAUGGUGAUUAUAUGCAACAAUUUACUACAUUUCAAUGCAAAUCCAAAAAGUCAUGUACUUGUCAUAUUUUUUUUUGUGUCGUGUUCAGGCUCCUCGUGUGAAAUAGCUUCACUCCUCACAUUUUUAGGUCAAGGAUUGUCACAAGCAGAAACGGUGCCUUUUUAAGUCAAAUAAAUCAAAUUACAAAAAACUGCAUUUUUUACUCACUUCAGUUAAGUUAUCUAGAUUUUUUUUUAGAAUAACUGGAGAUAAUUAGGCUGUAAAGUAUGAAAUAUAAUAAAUGGGAAAAUACUCCUUUACUCAAUAUUGCACUCACUAAACUCAUUUUUUAUUACAAUAGUUUUUUUCAACUUUAGUAACCUCUUGAAUGAAUUGAUAGCAUUCAUUAUAAUAUACGAAUUUCCUCUUAAUGUCAUCAAUGUGUGAAUUCUCACAUUGUUGGCAUUUUUAAAAAUGGCAAGUUCCAUAAAAAAUUCAGGUUCAUGUAUCACAAAAUGAGGACAAAUAUUUUGAGCAGGGUUAGAUUUUUUGGACAAUGCUAAUUAAUGUUUUGUGAAACUAUUAGAUUUUUGAACAACUUAAGUGGCUAUUAGAAAUUCAGACUUUUUGGAAUUUACUGAUUGGCUGGGAGAGAUCACAUGGGCCUACCACAUGGGCUAUCCACACUGAAACAUUUUCAGGUCAUACGUAUUUUAUCGUUUCAGCCUUUCAUCCACACAAAAAUGGCGUUCUGGGUCCGCUGAAAUGAUAUUUUUUGAAAACAGCUUCCAGAGUGGGAAAAUUUGAAAAUGCCAGCUUGUCAUUUCCGUGUAGACAAGCAAACCGCUGCUUUAUAAAAACGAUGACAUCACGUGAGCAGAAGUAAGCUUUGACAAUCCAACCUCUCUCUUAAUAUGUGGACUGGCAUGACUCACCCCAGUCAACAUUCUCCUGAUAUUUUGUUGUCUUUUUCUCCAAAAUGACUCGUAGAAAUAAUUCCACUUCCUCCCAAGUAUAGAUGAGCCUUAGAAAGCAUAAAACGACGGAUUUACGCGCAUACGUUCUUUCUUCUAUAUGUGACGCUAAAUGGCAGACCUCGGUCUGGAGCCGGACCCAGUGAUGGCCCUUUGCCUACCCGUGACCAAUUAAAGUGAAUGGGAAGUAUAAUAUACAAACAUGCUCGCGGACCGAUCGCGGCGGCUGUUUGCGUGCGUAAUUACUUAAGUUAUUACGGUUACGUGAAAGCGAAUGCAAUGACGUCACUAACAAUUAGCCAAUGAAGUCGUUUGUUUACUUGCCGCGUGAAUGAGAACAAUCCCUCCACUUUCUAUGCCCUUAAUCCUCGAAUGACAACCACGGCUUGCUGAAAAGUUUAUAAAAAAGUGAACAUUAAAAGUGAACGGAGGGACCAAUAUAUGUGUUCAUUUCCCCAGAAUUCAAUGCCAAACUGCUGUUUCUCAUAUUCUUACAUUUCUCUUAAACUAGCGCUGCUCAAAAGUACAAAUGUGACGCGACAACUUGACGACACACACAUCAUUCGAGGGGAAGUAUCCUCCCACGUCUGAUGUAGGUGCGCGGAAAAUAACGCUUAUAUUCCAGUAUGAAAAAUCUACGAGCGUCAUAGCAAACACAUUUACAGCACAUCGACGUGCAAAUGAGUCUUCACUAAGGAUUGUAUGGAUAUUGGAGUAAAACAUUAACUAUUAUUUUUUCAGAGAAACCGGUGCAGUUUCUUUUAACUUAAAGAGAAGUCUCCUGUGUUCAGUGUUUGUGCAAACGUUUUAUUAUUGAUGUGAAAUUUGGUCCCGUUUUCUUUUAAAUGCAAUUAAGGUGCCCAAAUAAUUGUGGUGUUGGGUGAUGUGCAGGGUUUCGUUACAUUUGAUAUUCCCAUAAGCUAGUCUGUUUGAUGCAAUUUUAGGCAAAAUAAGGUUCAGACCUUGGCUUUGAAAAAAAUUGCAUAAACGGACCUUACACAAUUUGAAUUGAAGACCGAUGUUCUAUAGUUUGGUGUGUCAUGUGGUUCCGUCUGCGUGUCUGUUUACAGCACCACACGCAGGUAUGCCUUGUGUUUUCACCAUUUUCGUCCAGUGAUCUGUUUCCGUGUGGAUGCAGCUAUUUAUUUACUAAUCUGGCACAGUCUGGACACAAUUUUUUUCCAACUCAACAAAAAAAAAUGUUGCAGAAACGUUUCCGUGUGGACAGGGCCUGAAAGUCUACAGCAUGGUAACUAUCGCCUACAUUUUGAUUGAAGGUAUUUUUGAAUGAA